AGCAGUGUAAUCGUCGUCAUAUUAUUUUUAUUUAAAUGGCGGAGUUCAUUGUCAGUGAUAUUUUUUGCUGAAAAUUUUCAUUCGGACCACAUUUGCUGCAACGAAAGAAAAUGCCUCCGAAGGCAGAAAAGAAGAUCUGCAUGGUACCAGCAUGUGAGGCAUCGAGUAUCGACUAUCCGGAUCGAAUAUUUGUCAGUGUACCCGAGAAUAAGAAACGAGAAUGGUUGGCAAUGGUUGGUGCUGAAAGCGUUUACAUCCAUCCGACAAAGCGUUUCUUUUGUUGUGAAGAACAUUUUGAUGUGCGGCGAGAUAUCAAAGACUAUGACUUUUUUAAGCUGUUUGGUGGCCGUGUUAAGUUUGAAGAUCAUGCAUAUCCGUUCAAGAAUUUGGGUGACGUUCCCGAAGUGAUACCACCGACAAUCGUUACCGAUGGAAAACGUAACACGACAGAUAUUUACUUUCCAGCCCCACUGCCCGUCACUGUCGUUGAGGAGCAACCGAUCGCUGAAUCGGAACUGAAAAACAAAUCCGAAUCCAAUUUGUGGAAAGAGCAACGCGAUGAUGAAGAGGAUAUUGUUUUUGUUGACCCAUUGUUUACCUCAGACGAACCGCUGGAGCCGAUUGCGUCGAAUAUUAAAGUUGAUGAUGAAGAUGGGUCAAUGUUUGGCGUUUCGGAGAGCAAAUUCGAUCCUACGCAGAUGACCUGGACAGAAUCACCCGUUAAACAAGAGGAAAUUGUGAUUAAAACUGAACCCGACAUCAAACUAGAACCGGCAGAUGUUAAUGAAGACGUCCGAUACGACAGUUCUGACACCGAUUAUAGUGAUGCUGAUGAUGAAGAUUACGUGUAUGAAGAAGAACGUAAAAGCAAAGUGAAAGUAAAAACGGAAAAGAAUUCAAAAACUAAGGACAGUCGCGACGACAGCGAAGAAGAUGAAGAUGAUGAUGAUGACUCAGACGACGAGGAUGAUGAUAGAAAACCGACCCGCAACAACCACGACAAUAGGGCUGAAGAUGACUCUUAUGUUCCAAAAAAUACGAGCUACAAAUGCCUAAAGUGCAACAACUACUACUCAUCGUCCAGUUCUCUGAAGCGUCACGAACAAACCGUACACACGGCGGAUAAGGACAAAAUCAGAAAAUCGAAGAAGCCAAAACCGAAACCAUUCAAAUGUGAUGUGUGCAAGAAGCCGUUCGAAACGUUGUUCCGGAAAAAUCGCCAUCUCGUCACACACGAGGAAGGUCGAGUGCGAAUCAUUGCCUGUCGCCAGUGUCCAGAACGGUUCACCGAAUACGAAGAAUACCAGCGACACAAAGUGGUGCACAACAAGAGUUUCGAAUGCGACAUCUGCCAUAAAACGUUCACUACGAAAUACUUUCUCAAGCUGCACUAUCCCAUCCAUAUGGAGACGAAACCAUUUCAGUGCGAUCGGUGCUCGAGAUCCUUCUCACAGGCGUCCACUCUACGCAGGCACACUUAUUUGCACGAGGCCGAAAAACGAUUUAUGUGCGAGAUUUGUGGGAAGCGCUUCCAUGCUCAAUUUUUGGUGAAAAUGCACAUCCUGCAUACGCAUACAAAGGUCCGAAACUUUAUGUGUUCACAAUGUCCGAAACGGUUUCCGUCGACCACAGCUUUAAACAUCCACAUCAACGUGCACCACAGCGAAGUCAAUCCAUACAAAUGUACCGUCUGCGAGAAAACAUUUAAUCAUCCGUCGGCGUUGAUGCGACAUAGAAAGCUACACACCGGAAUUUGUGAGUUCGUUUGCGAACACUGCAACAAGCGAUUCGUUAGAUCGGACCAUUUGAAAAAGCACAUCGGCGACGUGCACUCGGAAAAGUCGUUCAAAUGCGAACUGUGUUCAUUCACCUUUAACAAGGCGGAAAAACUGAAAAAACAUGCUCGAUCGCAUGAGAAACCGAUAGUGAAACGGGUGCUAGAACGCUGCAACGAAUGCCAUCAACCGUUCACCGACCACAAUAAACUGCUACGCCACCUAGAAAUGUUCCACAACCCGUCGAAUCCGUUCAGGUGUGACAUAUGCUUGAAAAGGUUCAGUCAACAGUCGGCCCUGGGUCGUCACAUGAAACUGCAUACCGAUCAAAAGAAAAGCUUUAAGUGCAGCGAAUGUGAGAAGACAUUUUGCCGGUUGGAUCAUAUUAAGACGCACACGUUGACGCUACACAAUCCGGAUAAUCCGUACAAAUGCAGUACGUGUAGGCAAACGUUCAGCACACAACAAUCUCUGGAUAAGCAUAUCGUGCGGGCGCAUGAAACGGAGCGAACAAUGCUGUGCGAAUUUUGUAACAAAGCCUUCUCGAAACGUUACACGCUUCAACGACACAUUCGAAAUUUCCAUGAUUCGGACAGUGGGGGUGGUGGUGGUGGUGGUGGUUCUGUUGUAGGCGUCGGUGUGGUUGGGGUUGACGGUGUGUUCAGUGUUGCUGAUGCGAAUUAUGUUAAUGUUCAACUAAAUCAUCAGAUGAUAAGCAAUAAACCUGAACUGUACAUCAAAGAGGAACCUAACAAAGAAAACAUAGAAACGGAUGGUAGCAGCUCCGACAAUGGUAAUGGAGAUUUUGGUGGUGACGAUGAUGAAGUGGAUGAUGACGACGACGAUGACGAGGAUGAUGAUGAUGAUGAAGACUUUAGUCUUGAUAGUAGCUCAAAAGUGAAAGCCGACAAAGCAUCAAAUAAAACUAGCAAAGCGGACAACAAAAGCGAAUCGAAUCUGGAUGAAUAUACUGAUAGUUCUGACUCUGAUGGAUAUAUUCCGAAAAAUACGAACCACAAAUGCCUCAAGUGCAAUAAAUAUUGUGCAUCAUCCAGUUCCCUGAAACGCCACGAACAAACCGUUCACACCGAAGAGAAAGAUAAGCUGCGCAACGAGAAGAGACUAAAAUCCAAACCGAAACCAAAACCAUUCAAAUGCGAUGUGUGUCGUAAGCCAUUCGAAACGUUGUUCCGUAAGAAUCGUCAUCAGGUUACCCACGACGAAGGUCGUGUUAGAAUAAUUGCGUGUCGCCAGUGUCCCGAAAGGUUUACCGAAUACGAAGAAUACCAGCGACAUAAAGUAGUGCAUGUGAAAAGUUUCGAAUGCGAUGUGUGCCACAAGAGUUUCUCGACGAAAUACUUUCUCAAGCUGCACUAUCCCAUCCAUAUGGAAACGAAACCCUUUCAAUGUGAUCGCUGUUCUCGAUCAUUUUCUCAGGCUUCCACGUUACGACGCCAUAUCUACUUACAUGAGGCAGAGAAGAAAUUCAUGUGCGAAUUGUGUGGCAAAAGGUUUCAUGCGCAAUACUUAGUCAAAAUGCACAUUUUACAUACGCACACCGAGUACAGAAAAUACAUCUGCAGUCAAUGUCCGAAACGUUUCUCAUCGACAACAGACCUAACCAUUCACACAAAUGUGCAUCACAGUGACGUCAAUCCAUACAAAUGCGAGACGUGCGCAAAGACUUUCACGCAUCCAUCAGCUUUACGUCGACAUCAUCGCAAAGUGCACACCGGAUUCGGUGAAUUUGUAUGCCAACAUUGCAACAAGCGAUUCGUUCGUGCCGACCUAAUGGACAAGCAUAUUAACACCGUUCACACCCUCAAAUCCAUCAAAUGUGAAUUAUGUCCGGCGACAUUUAACACGGCCGUUAAACUCAAGAAACAUGCCCGUGUUCACAGAGAACCGCUCGUCAAACCGGCAAUGAUCGUUCACCGCUGCAUGGAGUGCCAUCAACCGUUUAAUGACCCGGAGAAAUUAGCACGCCAUUUGGAAAUGUCGCAUAAUCCAAACAAUCCAUUCAAAUGCGACGUGUGCCUGAAGCGACUGAGUUCGCAGUCGGCCCUCUGUCGCCAUAUGAAAUUGCUGCAUACGAUGCAAACGAAGAGUUACAAGUGCAACGAAUGUGGCAAAUCUUUCGGUCGAUUGGAACACUUCAAGAACCAUACGUUGAUGUUGCACAAUCCAGCCAACGAAUUUAAAUGCGCCACAUGCCGGCAGACAUAUAGCACAAAGCAGUCAUUAGAUAAGCACAUUACCCGAGUACAUGAAACGGAACGAACAAUGCUGUGCCAAUAUUGCAAUAAAGCCUUUUCCAAGAGAUACAUUCUGCAGAGGCACAUACGAAAUUUCCAUGAUGUCGAGAGUGGCAUCAGCUCAGGUAUUAGUUAUAAUUUAAUGGGUCACCAGAUAGACAAAUAAGCUUCCCGGAGAAGAAAAAUGUGAAAUUUUGUAAAAAAAAAAAAAAAAAUUGUAAAAUGUGGGGUGGGGACUAGGACUAGGACUAUAAAUAAAAUUGAUAUUUUGUU